AUGAGUAGACAUCUUUGUGAACUAAUUUUGUUUAUAAAAAGGCAUUAUCUUUAUUUCUUAAAGGGUAUUGAUGAAUCAGUUUCUGAUUUCUAUAUAUUUUAUUCCGAUAAAGUUAAUGAUCCCCUUAGCCCUAGAGAUUUAGGAUUUCUUAUGAGAAUGCUUGGUGUGAAAUUAAUUCAUAGAAGGGUUGAAGAUCGAAUUCAUAGAUGGUAUCAGAUUUCUUUUGAUUAUCUAGAAGCUUCUUUAUCUAGGAUUAGUAAAAGUAUUCUUAAACUUAGUGUGAAGGACCUUGAUUAUAAAAUUCUUGGUGAGCAACUUGAACCUAAUAAAGAUAUCGUAGCUAUUAAUAGUAAUUUCAUUCACAAAGCUUUUGAUGGUUUUGAUGACUUUAUUGUUCAACCUAAGUUAACAACUAAAAAGAAAAAAUUGAUGACAACGCCUCUUUACAAAGAACGUAAAAAAGUUGGUGAUGGGACUUGUUUUCAAUCUUGCCUUAACUUUGUUAUAUUGAUUGAUUCAAAGAAUUAUAAAAUGCGUUAUUUUCCUAGGAGUGGGGAUUUACAAGUAUUUGGGGUCAUUGAUGAUGACUAUCGAUCUGGUAAACUUGCUGUUCAAACCUUUGUUAACUAUCUUAAAGAAUCUAAUGGGAUUACGGAUUUUGAAACGGUUGAAAUCAUUAAUACUAAUCUUUCAUUAUUAAACUUUAAAUAUCAUAUGAUAUUACCUUCUAAUGUUCUCAUUGAUAUUUCAAAGCUUGAUUCUAUUCUUGCUAAUGAUUUGUAUCCUCCUCCAUUUAAAAUCAAUUUUACUAUCAAUCUCAUUGAAUCUAUUAGAAAGCUUUCAAUUAUAUUUGAAUCUUAUGGGAAGAAAACUCGUGUUAUUAUUUGGCCUAGUGGGAAGAUUAAUAUAAUGUCUGCAACUUCAUAUGAUGAUGCCCUUAAAAUCUAUAACUUCUUGGGUCAAAUUUUCGAAUCUGAAGCAUCUAAUCUACUUGCAAUUAUUCCUACUCCUGAUCCUUUAACUCCUG